CCCUCUCGUCACACAUCACAACAAACAUGGCGGCCUCCUGCUCGUUAGUGUGUUGUAAAGAGGAAAGAGAAGGCGAGAAAGCUGUUAUGGUCCGGUUUGCGAACGGCAGCAUCAGGAAUGCAGACAAACUGGAUUUCUCCAUGUACAAGAGCGUAGAUGAGAACAACCCCAGGAAGAGAAGCAGACGGAUACUGGUUGCUGAAUCAGAGAGACUGUCCUAUGUUGGUAAUAAUUUUGGAACGGGGUCACUGAAAUGCAACAACCUUUGCAAAUAUUAUGUCGGCGUGCUGAACAAACAGACCAUGCAAAUGGAGGUGCACAAUGCUCAGCUCUUCAACAUGCAGCCUGUCAUACCAGGAGAGACGGACACUGCAGAAUCCCAGGCCGCGACUUUGACCUACAGAGAAAAGGUUGAGUCUUUGAUUUCAACGUUUGGCACCAACAAACAAAAGAAAGCUCUGAACUCCCGCAGGCUGAAUCAGGUGGGCAGCGACACACUGCACCAAGCUGUGGCUAAAGCUGCCAGCAAUGUGAUCGACCAGAAGGGACUGGAAGCUCUACAACAGGAAGUUGCUGAGACAGAAUCCCAAGGAGACCUGGCUCUCCACCUGCCUCCCUGCGAUGCAAACGCAGACAACCCUGAGGACGUCUACCUACUGGACGAUCUCCUGUCUCCUGUUGAGUUUGAAACUUUGGAGAUGGCCGGUACCAAGUUGGCAGAACUCAGCCCUGAGGAGCUGCAGAAGAUGACGGAGGGCGGAGGGAGCCUGUGUGUUGUGAAGCACCUCGAGAACAUGCCGACUGAAGAUGAAGCCAGAGACAAGAUGGCACGAGGCGCCUUUUACCUCUCAAUGCUGCUCAAACUGGCCCGGCAGAAGAACGUCACCCGCAAGUUUGGGCAGGAGGAAGGCUGCCCGCGCAUCAUUCAAAACAAGCUGCUCAGAACUUUCACUGUGGAGACUUUCAACAAUGGCAGGGUCAUGAACGUUGUGUCGACAUCAAUGCGAGCCAAAAUAGCAGCGUACUCUCUGGCCCUGCUGCUGCACAUGGGUCACAUGACUGCUGACCUCACAUUACUGCACCGCGACCUAGGAAUCACUGAGGCCAGGAUUAUUGAAGUUGCGAAGUCCAUGGGACUGACCCUAGUUCGACCGGCCCGGGGGAAGACGGAGGCUGGACUGCAAGGCGAACACAAGCAGGCGUCCCUUGUUGUACCUCUGAUCAAAUAUGAUCAGUUCAUGGAGAGACGGAAACGAAAGAAAAUGCACUGAAGACACUGACAGGAGAGGACAAGGAACGGAAUCAAGAGAGAACGGUUUUAUUGAUGCAUUUUGUAGACAAAUAAAAUGAUGAACUCUUGAGUUAUA